AUGGCAUCUCGUAAACCAAAUGCGAGUGCUGUAAAAGCACUUCAAAAGGAACUUAAAGAUUUGAAUGAGUUCCCAAUGGAGGGGUUCAAAGUUAUGGUUUCUGAAGAAGAAAAUCUUUUUGUUUGGGACGUCGCUAUAUUUGGACCACCAAUGACUUUGUAUGAAGGAGGUUAUUUCAAGGCACGAUUAUGUUUCCCUGACGAUUAUCCAUAUAGUCCUCCUACAAUGCAUUUUCUAAGCAGGAUGUAUCACCCAAACAUAUAUGAAAAUGGUGAAGUCUGCAUAUCAAUUUUACAUUCCCCAGGUGAUGACCCACAGAGCGGUGAGCUGCCGUCUGAGAGAUGGAAUCCGACACAAAACGUCAGGACGAUUCUUCUAAGUGUCAUUUCUUUACUGAAUGAGCCAAACAUUCAUUCAGCUGCUCAUGUCGAUGCAUCAGUAGCUUAUAGGAAAUGGAAAGAGUCCAAUGGAGUUCAGGAUGAGUAUGAACGUGUAGUUACAUCACUCGUUAAAGCGACUCACGAGGAGGCUAAACAAGAUGGAGUUACUGUUCCCACCACCCUUGAGGAAUACUGUGUUAGUGGUAGACCUGCGUCUAAAACAUUUUAUCAAUGUGAUGAUGUAGAUGGACUGUCUGAUUAUGAUGAUCAUGACGAAUACUAUGGCUCUGAUGAUGAUGACAAUGAUAAUGUAUCAAUUGAUAUGAAGGAAGAUGAAGAAAUCAACCCUACCAAGGAGUCUCAAUCCUCUACAAAGAUAGAUUCUGGAGUAGAAGAACCAUGUGUAAGUAAAACGGGGAAGUCUGGGGAAUCCUCGAAAGUUGUCGAUCAUAGAAUAUCAAAUGAAUGUAGCCGUGUUACGUCACCAAGCUAG